AUGGGGUCAAAAUGCAUGAUGGUCUUAGUUCUUCUGAGGGGACUUAAUGCUCUCUUUGAAAAAAUGAUUGAAGAUUUAUUACUCUCCAUUCCUGUCCUUGGACUCGUACUAGAGCCCUUUUUAUUUUUCAAGGCGAGAAAAUCCGAUGAGAACGCAGAAAAACAUUCUACUGGAAACAGACCAGUGGAGGAGUUUUCAGAAGUUGAUUACCCACAAGUUGAAUAUCAAAGAAGACAGCAAUUUUGGGAUCCCAUACGACUAGCUCUUUUCACAUUGGCAAUUGCAGCAAUCAUAGGAAUUGCAAUUGGUAUUGUUACUCAUUUUGUUGUCGAGGAUGAUAAGUCAUUCUAUUACCUUGCCUCUUUUAAAGUCACAAAUAUAAAAUACAAAGAAAAUUAUGGAAUAAAAAGUUCAAGAGAGUUUAUAGAAAGGAGUCAUCAGAUUGAGAGAAUGAUGUCUAGGAUAUUUCGACGUUCUCCUGGAGGAGGUCGGUUUAUCAAAUCUCAUGUUAUCAGACUGAGGAACAUAUUCAUUGACCAACUAAUUCAAUUUUUGUUUAUUCCAGCUAUUGAUAGCAAAAAGAUGAGGAAUCUUCUCAACAGCCGCUGCGGAAUAAGGAUGACAUCUUCAAACAUGCCUUUACCAGCAUCCUCUUCUACUGAAAGGAUUGUCCAAGGGAGGGAAACAGCCAUGGAGGGGGAGUGGCCAUGGCAGGCCAGCCUCCAACUCCGAGGUUCGGGCCAUCAGUGCGGAGCCAGCCUCAUCAGUAACACGUGGCUGCUCACAGCAGCUCACUGCUUCCGCAAAAAUAAAGACCCAAGUCAAUGGAUUGUCACUUUUGGUACAACUAUUACACCACCUGCAGUGCAACGAAGCCUGGGGAAAAUUAUCCUUCAUGAAAAUUACCACAGGGAAACAAAUGAAAAUGACAUUGCUUUGGCUCAGCUUACCACCCGGGUUGAGUUUUCAAGUAUAGUCCAGAGAGUUUGCCUCCCAGAUUCAUCUAUAAAGCUGCCACCUAAAACAAGUGUGUUUGUCACAGGUUUUGGAUCCAUUGUAGAUGAUGGACCCACGCAGAACAAGCUUCGGCAAGCCAGGGUAGAAACCAUAAGCACGGAUGUGUGCAAUAGAAAGGAUGUGUAUGAUGGCCUGAUAACUCCAGGAAUGUUAUGUGCUGGAUUCAUGGACGGAAAAGUAGAUGCAUGUAAAGGCGAUUCUGGUGGACCUCUGGUUUAUGAUAAUCAUGACAUCUGGUACUUAGUUGGUAUAGUAAGUUGGGGACAAUCAUGUGCUCUUCCCAAAAAACCUGGGGUUUAUACCAGAGUGACUCAGUAUCGAGAAUGGAUUGCCUCAAAGACUGGUAUCUAG